AGAUUUGCAAUCUAUCGAUCAAAAAUGUCUGCCACCGCUAAAGCCCCAUACUCCAAAACAUUCAUUCGAUCCUGUAUUCUUUACGAAGUUCUCCAGAAGAAACCAGUGUUCGAAGCGUAUCAAAAAAUAUGCAGAUCAUUGAAAGAACGUAUUUCAUACCAAGAAUUUGACUACUGGUUCUAUAAAUUUUACAAUGGCAAUCAUGACUUGGAGGACGAAAUAAGCGAUGAGCAAAGUUUGGUCAAUCCAUUACUAGAUAUGUCCAACAACCUUUCCGAAAAAGAGUGGUGCAGGAGUUUUGUUCAAUUUUUCCAUGGUUUACCGCCCCGACCAAACAAAAAACCUGCUUUCUCACUACAAAGUAUGCCCAGAAAAGUUUGGCAAGAACUCUGUAGCAAAUUGGAACCUUGCGAUAGGCUUGUCGCUAAAAAAGUUACACGUCGCUUUCGUCAAACUAUUGAUGAGCAAGACAAUCUUUUUAAUACAUUGGGAAUAUGUUUCGAAGACGAUAAGACUAGAAUAUUCUUCAAUGAGAAAACAUUCCACUAUACUUCUGUAGGAAACGAAUGCAGGAUAACAUGUGAAAACAAAAAGAAACGAAUAAGCGGAGGAGAUCAUAGGCAAGUUGCCCUUCAAGAUUUUGAAAAAGCAUUGACGAAGGUGGCAGUGGCAAAAACUUUUUAUGUGAUGUUUCAAACCGAACAAGAUCGGCAAAACAAUUUCUAUGUUUUAACAAAAGUCCUAAGUGUAAUGACUUCUUUGAAAGUCAGAAAACUAAAGUGGGAGCUGAGUAGCAAGGAAAUGGACACAAUUCUGCCGUUUUUUGAAGCUAGAACGCUUGAAACAAUUCACACGUUCUCUUCUUUUUCAAAUGAACAGCCAGGAUUCAUGGAUAUCAAUGGAAAAAUGCAAAAGCUGUGCUAUUUUCAAAUGCCAAUUUUUCCAUGAAAAUUGAACAUUUUUUUCAUCUCACCUAUUUCGACAUUUCAGUGGACCUUUUCACCAAAGAAGAUGCUAUUAAAAUCAAAGAUAUUUUGACGAGAUCCGACAAUUUCAAAUACGCCAACUUCGAAUCAGGCAAUUUUGAUCCAAUUGAAAUUGCAAAUGUAUUCAUACCUAAUUAUCAAAGUAAUCACUGGCCAAUAAUCAAUUACAUGCGACACAACAAGAAAUUCCUCUUAAAAAUUACUCCCAUGACUUUUCAAAUCAAAAAGAUAGAUUAAUUCACAAUUGGGUCACUGAGCUCAUUAAACUUUUUUGGUGUUGUCUCGUUUAAAAAUUUAGUUUCAUUCCGAGCUUCAAUUGUACCACUCCUGAAUUAUAUUACUGUUACAUAUAAAAAUAAUAAAACCAAUCAAAUACAAAACA